AUGGCUGCGAUGACUUCCGAGCCGGUGAUUUGCCGCCGUCUUUACGACUGCCAAAAACACGUACGGGGUUUGCUUCAGGAUAUCUCGGUGGGGUUUGCUCCCACGACGCAAGCACGGUGGCGGCAGGGAGAGGCGGUUCCCAAGCACAACUGCGGCGCACGCACUCUGCUGGAGUUGCACGAAUUGUCAGGUCAAUUUGUGAUGACGUUGCACGCGACGCUGUUUCUUCCUCGUGAUGUGGUGCAUGAGGUGGAUGAUUUCCCUAUGUUUCUUUUGCGCCACUUCCGACGAGCGGUGGCGCGGGCAAACGAAGAGCGCUCUUGGAGCGAUGAGGAAAUAGUGGAAGGCUUUGUGGAUUGGAUGGACAUGGCGCUUCCCGCCCCCCCAUCCUCUAGCGGGGAGGGGGAGGUUGUCUCCUUCGUGGAACUUAUGCGGCUUGUGCGGUCUUUUGUGCGCUAUCAUCAUGGUGUACGAUGGGGUGGUGGAGCCACAAAAUCCGAGUGGUACCGCGGCGGUUAUCUACUGCAUCCAUGGCAUGACACCUACUGUCCCACUUUGCAUUCAGAGCAGAUGCCGUACGUGCAUUUGCUGCAGUGGUUGCUCCGGCGAAGGCCGGUUCAGGAAGAAAAAAGGCGCCUCGCUGACGCAGAAAGUAGGAGCGCAUCAAGCGUUGGGCUGUCUAUGAAGGAUGAUGCAAUGCGAUGGUGGGGCGCAACAGAGCCAUUUGCCCCACCAUCGUGGCGAGGUGAGGGAAAUGCGACUCAUGCCGUCGGCUUUGCAGCCCUGGACUGUGGAUGUCAUAGCGGUUAUAUGGUGGAUCUUCUCUUGAAGGCCGGGGCUCAGCAUGUGGUUGGCGUUGACGUUGCCGCGCGUGCGCUGGGAAGUGCGGAGGCGACCCUUCGGGAACACCUGCGCGAGCGGCGCAGCGCGACUAGUGUGGCGAAAACGAUGCGCUUUAUUCGAUGCGAUCUGCUUCCAGAGCUCGAGUCUGUCGUGGAGCAAGCGACGGAGCGCGGAAAGUUGGCAAGCCCUUUGAUGGGGGAAAAAAACGUGUUGGCCAAUGCCGCAGCGCGUCGCCGUCAUAAGGCGCGGCGCCGCUGUAUCCCGGACAACCCGCAAGCCACUGCUUCUCACUCAGCUGGGGCUGUUGCGGCGCGGGAGGGCGAAGUUGGUCCGUUCGAUCUUCUUGUGUUUCACCCUCCCAUGAAACCGCUCUUCUCACAGUGGCCAUUGCUGCAGGAGUUAUCCAACGCCUUUGAAUACCUUCCGCCCGGCGCCGAGGGCCAACACCCACAUUGUAGCUUGCCAGUGCUACACAGGCUUCUGCAAGAACUACUUUACUCCCCAAAAGGGCAAAGUGACGGCCACACCCCGCCGCGACAGCGAAAGACGCCGCUGGUGCGGGAUGGGGGUUACGUCGCCUUUAUACUUCCACGGGCAUUUGACCCGAAAGAUAUUUUACAACACAUCUCAUCAUCUCAAUCAAAUUCGUUUAACGGGAGCGGUAACCACGUUCCUUUCACCUCCCUCAGUGACGCUGUCACUGGAGCUUUGGAGGGGUCAUACGAGGUGGUCCUGCAUCGUCGUCACUCGCUGGCGGGGAUGUGCGACACUGGUGAAGUUCCUCUCUGUGACGCGGUUUACCUCCGCGAAUUUUCACAUCCACGCUGGCGCGAUCAAAUAAAGCGGGAGCUAAACGACUUCUACCGUACACACCAAGCGGUGGAUCUUCUUGUGUUCAGGAAGAAGCCAGGAAGCAGCGUGCACGUGGAGCAUGGGACCAACAAAAGUAAUGAGCGUCGUAGGGUGGAUACUGUCCGUGCCCACCCAGGAGAGGAUCUGCUACCAUACGACGAGAGCUUUGAGUACACGGAAUACGUUCCGGCAGACGGUCCUCCGCUCCAGCACCAUUGGACGGCGUUGAUGCCGUCAUACUCCUACCUUGAAGAUGACUUUUUUGGCAGCAACGCGGCGUCAACAGGAUCAAGUUCACACAAACGAAACUUUUUGGCCCUUGGGCACACCGUCUCUCCCGUCAGAGAAGAAGGGCGCACAGCGGGCCCCGAUGGCAACUUGAGUCACGCGGACCUGCAGACGUUGCAACGCAACAUGCAGAAUUACCGGAGUCUCUUCACUGAAGAGCUGAAAACGCAUCGUAAGCGUCGACUACGCAAAAUGGCGUUACAGUCGUUGGAAAAACAGGAGUGGUACAUUGACGAGAAGCUUGUCAAGUCUGAGGGGGCGAAGAUUGAUCUGCUUAACGAGCUAUCACGGUUUGACUUGCAGGAUUGGGACUGA